AUGUCCUCGAUCGUAACAUCUGUGUUGAAUGCCACCAUCGGUUGGCUUGUGGCUAUAGGAAGAGAUGUGACGGCAGAAAAGCUGAAGGAGGGAGACGUGACGGAUCAAAAAAUCCAUGAUUUGGUCGUGCGUGAAGUGAAAGAUAUCAAGACAAAGUUGGACGGGAUAACAAGAAACGAUCUCUUAACAGCUGUUGACUCCUUUGAAACAGGAAUUAGGUUUCUUUGUCAAGCAUUAGAUGCAAUUUCCAGUGGGAGGUCUAGUGCUGAACUUGCACAGGUAACAACUACAAUCAAGCGAGGGAAUGAUGAUGAAUUUUGCUUGCCUUCAUCCAUGGAAGUUGUGAAGACAGUUUCCGUGGCCGUGGAAUCGGGAAAUAUUGAACUGACUAAAAUCGAUGACACAACAAAAUCUGCUUUUUAUCAAGCCAGAAGGAGAUUCGAAACGUCUCGGGAAAAAGCGAUAGAUGCCUCCAACAAUGAAGCUCUCAAGACGUUUGACCGCAUAACAGCCAUUAGAUAUCGUGUCAUGGCAGCAGCGCUAGAGUCAGUUGUAGAGAAGGUGGCAGUCACAGACGACUUGUCGUCUCUGUCUAUAAAUAAUGCGUUAGAGAACGCAUUACCAGAGUGCGAACAGUGCCUUCAGAAACUCCACUCCCUCCCAGCCGUUCAGGAAAGUUUUAAAGUUGAGCUUGAGAAACGUCUCAGGAAUAUCAAAGGGCGGUUUGGUAAAGACGAACGAAGGCAGAUAAUUUCCACCGUUUGCCAGAUAAAUCGCACCACCUACACUGCGACACAAGCUGUGGGUAAAGUCUGGGUCUGGCCCUUUAUAGACACAGGAGAAGAUAAAAUUGACCCUCUGCGCGACGAAAGAGUCAGAAGAGUCCUCCAUAAAAUUGACAUGGCACACUGCUCUAUUACACCAUGGUCAAUCGGUGGAGCGGGUGAAGUGAAACACGAGUUGAAGGAUCCGAGAAAUAUUGCUACAAACAUCUACGGAGCGAUCCUAUUAGUCGACAACGGUGAUAAAACCGUGAAGGAAUUCGAUAAGAAAGGGAACCUUUGUCUCAAUUUCACUCCCCAAAGUGAUGACGCCUACCCAAGUCUAGAUAUUCAUGAUGUUGCCACUGACAACUUGGAAGACAAGAUAUAUCUGUUGAUCAGUGUGAACAAGCCCGGGGCUAAGGAUUGGGAUUGGAAGUGGGAAGUGCAAGUUUUUAGCAAGUCUGCUGACCUGCAACACAAGUUUCCCGUGAGGAAAGGAGGCUGGAGCAGCAGAAUGACAUUUAGCGGUGGCAAAGUACUGGUAUUAAGGAGGUAUGUGGUAAAUGUGUACGAAGAGACUGGUGGGUUUGUUCUUAGCUUUGGAGAAGGAUUGUUCACAUAUGCAACAGAUAUCACAUCUGCCAAGGAUUGAUGCGUUCUAAUAAAGGAUAGAGAAGAUUCUAGUGUUUACUUGUUCACCGAAGAGGGACAACAGCUCCACAAGUUUAACAUCAGUAUUAAAGAAGAUUAUUACAGUCGUAUUGCAUGUCACCCGGCAGGCUCACAUUUCGUCCUCGCUGGUCGUGAUCGGGAGGCAAACUGUCUAAAGGUGUCGAUAUAUAGUAAAGAAGGAGAGUUUGUGCGAAGAAUUCAGCUGGACGAAGAAAUGGUUCAUUGGCUUGGAGGGGUUACGGUGACAAUGGAAGGUCACAUUGCCGUA